UUACAGAAUUGUAUAAAUUAGCUAUAAAGUUUUGAUUGCGUAGGAAACCAAUGUCAAAUAGCUCAUCGUAUGCAAACAAAGAGUAUUGUAUCAUCAGACUUACUAUAUUUUGGAUUUUGGGCUUUAUUCAAAUGUAAUUCUGAAUUUACUUUUCAUUUCAAUAUUCGCAUAGAGUUGACAACAUCUUAAAGAAUGCAACCAACAAGUGGAGAACGCUUCUCGGGCAUUGUGAAUAUGGCUAAAGCAUUACGAAGGGAACAUCUGUUUAUAUUGCACGAACAAAACUGCUUUGCAAGUUUACAUGAAGAGUACGAUCAGAACUCUUGUGAAGCUUUACAGAUUUCAUGGACUUGUGCACGUCAACGUCAGAUCUUGAACAAUCUAAUUUUAGCCAAACCAGAGUCAGGGCCUUCAGUUUCUUGCCAAAGAGUUAAAUUGCUUGAAAAUAGUUAUUUCAUACAUAUUCAUCAAUGCAGGUUCAUAAAAUACCCGCAAAUUGUUGGGACGAUUGAGCUCUUGAACUAUCUAUACGCAAAUCCUACAGUUUUAGCAAACAUCCUUUCGUUUGCAGAUCGCUGUGGUAUCACACAAGAUAAAACAGAUCCUGUCAUUACAUUCAUUGUAAAUGGUUUGUAUCGGAGUGCAAUGUAUCCAAAAGAUGCGGAAAUGGUGAUUAAAGUUCUUCAAGUACUGAUUGAAACGCAAAUUGCAAAAAGUGAUAACCCCAGAAGAUUGCUUCGUGUCGGCUCAUCGUCAUUCACGCGAUUGUAUCAAAAGUAUCACGAAUCUACCUUCGCGCCGAAAAUAUUUUUAAAAGCGAUUCUCUUCGAACCGAUAAUGUCUGUUCUAACGGAUGAUGAACGGAAAUGGGAAGUUGAUCCUUUGAAAAUUAUAUCUGUUCAAAGCGCUUCUGAAAAUGAGAAGAUGUUUGGCGAAGAAUCGUCACCCGAAUAUUUGAAAAAUCUGCAACGAUAUAGGAAGGACACAGUUGAUCGUUUGUAUACACAUGUAUCAAAUUUCAUUAAAUCGUUCAGUGAUAACUGGUGCUUAUUUCCAUCAACAUUACGUUGGCUGUGUCAAUCUAUGAACCAUCUUCUCAAGCCGGCAAAUUUAUCGAAAGAGGAUAUACACAUAAUAUUAACAGACUUGAUAUUUACUAAUUUUAUCUGCCCCGCAAUUUUAAGUCCAAACAUUCAUGGUAUAACUGAUGCUCCAUUAUCAGAAAAUACUCGCUUCAAUCUAGUACAAAUUGGACAGGUGAUUCAAACUUUAGCACUUUUCGAAAUACAACCUAUUGAUGAUAAACUGAAGGAUUUAUAUGAUAAAUUUGAAAACAACUGUAUAAGAGUGCUCCUUAAUCAACUUCAUUAUGAAUCAUUCUCCAAGAGUUUUGAAAGCAAUAAUAAACUGCAAUAUCAAAAUUUGCUGAACAAUAAAUUAGUUCUCGCAUCAAAUGAUGAAUUAAAAACAUUGAUAAGCUUGCUUAAAGAAACAAUGGAGCAUGAAAUUGAAGCAUUCUCUCCAGAAGAAAGCUGCAAAUUGAAACAAAUUGUAGAUCAGUUACCAAAUCUGACGGAAAUCAAUCAACAUACUGCAACUUCAAUGAUUGAUUCGGUGCUCCCCAACUAUACGAAAAAGACUAAAUCAACAAUCAAACCGCAAGUUUCUAAAUCAAAGAGUAUGAAUACUUCACCAACACAAAUGAACUCUGGAGUCGAGAAUAUCCCGAACCCAUGUAACAAUAACAAUGUUGCAGAAGUUGUGCUUAUAAUACCUCUAGCGAUGAAGGAGGGAAAAAUGUUAAAUGAAGACGAGUUUAUUAAUAAUAUGUCUGAUGAAAUUUCAACCACCCCGUUGCAAAUAAAUUUUAAAGAAGAUCAUAAUACAUUAGAAAGUGGAAGAAAGAAUGAUGGCGAUAAACUCAAUAAUUAUUCGCUGGCUCAAGACGACGCAUCCAUUGGAAACACAUCAGAUAAUCUCGAAGCUGUAAGUGAAGCUCAUAGCAACCAUUCAGUGGCAAGUUCUCUUGAACUAGAGGAAACAGAUCAAAAUGACAACGACAAUCUCUCGGAUAUGAUAUCGGCGAAUGUUUCUGGAAGGGGAACUCCCAACAUUUCAGGACGUGAUACUCCUUCUUCACAAGUUACGGAAGGAGGAGGAGAAGCACAGCAUUUUACAACACCUCAAAUGACGAAAAUUUUAAAUAAAACUCGUUCAGAUAUAGAAGACAAGUUUUGCAAAUUUGAAAUUAAGAAAUUGAUGGAGGGAGAUGAAACCAUAUCAAUAAUUUCCGAUACAUGGAGUACAGAUGUGUUGGCUUCUGAUUCAGAACCAAUUGAAGUAAGUGAGAGAAACUUCUCGACUCCUCUCAUACCUACAACUCCUCUAAUGCCAGGCGAUCAUAAUUACAACCCUAUAACAAACUCCUUCGGACAGAUGCGCCUAAAUAAUGUAGACUCCGAAACUCAGUCUGAAUCAGCUUGGAGUACUGAUGCAGUAAUGGAUACUGACGACAACAGUGUAACAACGCGUAGUGAUAUAGCUGAAUCAGUAGUGAGAGACCGAGACUUGCAAAUAGUUUCAAGAAACAACUCCCUAGACUCCUCACUUUACUGCCCGAAGACACUGAGUUUUCGUGGAUCUCAUACAAGUCUAUUGCAAAACUCCUACAAUGACAAUGGUGUCACCAAUUGUUUACAUCCAAUUGUUUUACCUGUCCGUCAAAGUUCUACAGAAAGCUAUCAUUCGACUAAUGGCUCGGAACACAAUAAACCAUCUAAUGGAAGUGGUAUGAAUGAGCACAACAUACAAAAUAAUACAAUCGAAACGAUGGGCUAUUUAGAAUCUCAUACGAGUACAGAUACGAAUUGUAAUAUUGCCGAGUGUGUUGAUAGUAAUGAUUCAGCAACCGCAAUAGAUGUCAAUCAUAAAAACGGCUGUGUACACGCUAGCAUGAAGUCAACGAAUCCAUUCUCUGACCUGGAUUGCAUAUUCCCAUCAUCCAAUAAUAAUAAUAAUAAGAAUAAUAAUAAUAAUAACAAUAAUCAUUUGAGCAGCACCUCAAUCCUCCAGCAUACUCUUGAUUAUGUUCCCAAUAAUGGUGAUGAAGAACUGUCAGUUGAACAUCGACGUCUGUCGUCAGAACAACGCAACGCGAAAUUUGAUUCGCGCAGAAACGGAAUGAUAGAUAUUUUGGGUAAUUUCUCUAACUCAUUCAGCUUUUCCCAACUAAGGGAUAAGGAUAUAUCGUAUUCGCUUCCAAUUACUUCACUCAAACUUCCUGAUGAUUUCAAAACUGGUGGUGCAUCGAGCAUGGUGGUUGAAUCAAGCAGUUUCUUAUCGAACAGAGCUUCUAAUUGUCUGAAAAUAGUAAAUAAACAAUCCCAUGCAAAUUUUAAUAGUGCAGAAGUGAUUGGAACGGAAAAACAACGCCAGCAGGACAGUGAACUGAAACAAUCAUGUUCCAAUACUUCCGCUUCGAAAUACAAUGCGAAGGCGACUGGAACAAUUCCAAAGAGUAUUAGCUUCGAUUCUUCAGCCGACAAAACAAAUCGCAAUGAUUCCGCUGUAAACAGUCCACCGGGAGCCUCUCGCUUUUCUGAUGGUUUAAAAACUAAUCCCGGGUUUUUCACAAAAAUCAAACUUGGGUUCAAAAAUCGUCGUAAUGUAAGCGUCAAUAACAAAUCGCGUUUCAGUUACACAAAUAACGGACAAAUUUGUGCCGUUUCCGUUCCACAUAACAAUGGUAUGGAUUGUACGAAUGAUACAAGUGAAGACAUCCUCGCCAAAUAUCGCCGAAAAACGUCUACUUCCAGUGAUGCAGCCACAACUGAUACAACAAGCAAAAUGUUUAGCUCAAGUAAGAGUAAAAAUGGAGACUGCGAUCUCAGGAAAAGCUUAGAACAAACAUCAACUGAGAAUUCUGUCAGUUUAUCUACUAUAAAGAGAAAGCUUCGAGUUAUACUAUCCAGCAUGGAGGUUUUUUCAUGUGAUUUCGAAAAUUUCGACACUGAUUCUUCAACACCAUUACUAAUCUAUCUACGGAUACUACAAGCACAGGCUCUAAAUAAUAAUAAUUUACAACAGCUAGCAGGUGUUUCCGAGCUUUUCCGUUGCAUUCAAUCCAUUGAUAUGGAAUCCCAAGAAGUAUUAUUGAAGGAGCUGCAUAACGACAUAUUGGUUCGGAAAUCCUACAUUCAAUAUUUGAUGGAUUGUCGACAGACAUUGUUAUCUGCAAUUGAUAACGUAGAAACACUUAAGGAACAUCUUAAACUUGACAGCCAACUAUCGAUACAUCAUAUCAUUAUGACAUGUGUUAAUAUGUUUCUGGAUAAAAGGGAACAAAGUGUACAGAAGUUUCAUAAUGAAUUCGUGCAGUUAACAGUGGCAGACGAGAAAAAUGACUUAUUGCAUGUAUUUUUGAAAACAUUAAUGGAUGAACUUCGGACAGAUACUGUGCUGAGAUGCAUGACCGAAUGGCAAACUUCGGAGGCCGAAAAUUGUGCAGAAAGUAUACUGCUGCAUAGGCUUUACCAGUUUGUUAUGUUUCCCAAUGAUGACGGCGACAUUUCCCGCGAUCUGGUUUUAUAUGUACAUAUAAACAAACUAUCAAAGUCGAUCACACCUGAUCAUUCUCAGUUACGCAUCUCGGGUACAUAUCUGAAUGAAGCUCCAUGGCCGUUUGCGCAAAGGCAGUUAUCAUUUAUUUCGGCAUACAGAACUCCACAGGAUAAAGUCAACUGCGUUAUCAAGUGCAUCAAAAGUCUUCUUAGUCUGCUGUCAAUAGGGUCCGAGAAACCAGUUGCUGCGGACGAUAUUAUACCUGUUUUAAUAUAUGUUAUUGUAAAGACCAACCCUCCACAUUUGUUAUCAACAAUCGAAUAUGUUAACUGUUUUAUCGGUGAAAAAUUAUUUGGAGAGAACGAAUAUUGGUGGACACAAUUCUGCUCAGCAAUUACCUUUAUCAAAACUAUGGAUUAUAGCGAAUAACAAGCAUGCAUGUAUAUUGGUAGCAUGGAACAAAAGGCGAUCAAAAAAGAGAAAUGUAUAUAGUGGAAAUAAUAUAUAAUAUGUAACUAAUACCCUCAGAGCGUUAUUGU